AUGUCUGAAAAGGACACAGAAAACUGGGCCUGGAAGAGAAUCUUCUGGUUGCUGAUCCUACUCACACUUGGUACCCUAGGCCUGCUUCUGUAUGGGCUCCCUGUAGUCAGGCAACUGGAAGUCUUCAUGCCCAUGGGUACCUGCCCUUUGGCCAGAAUGCCCCUGAGUGACAAUUUCACGGGUCUCCUGCGUCCCUGGGCCCGGCCUGAAGUCCUGACCUGCACCUCCUGGGGGGCCCCCAUUAUUUGGGAUGGCAUCUUUGACCCAGCUGUGGCCCAGCAACAGGCUAGACAGAAGAACCUCACCAUUGGGCUGACCGUCUUUGCUGUAGGCAGGUAUCUGGAGAAGUAUCUGGCGCGCUUCCUGGAGACAGCUGAGCAGCAUUUCAUGGUGGGUCUGCGCGUGGUGUACUACGUGUUUACAGAGCGCCCGUCAGCGGUGCCACGCGUGGCGCUAGGCCAGGGCCGCCAGCUGCGCGUGGAGCGCGUGGACCGCGAGCGGCGCUGGCAGGAUGUGUCCAUGGAGCGCAUGCGCAGGCUUCACGUAGCGCUGAGCGGACGGCUGGGCCGCGAGGCGAACUUUGUGUUCUGCAUGGACGUGGACCAGCACUUCAGUGGCGCCUUCGGGCCUGAGGCUCUGGCUGAGUCUGUGGCACAGCUGCACGCCUGGCACUACCACUGGCCGCAGCGCCUGCUACCCUUCGAGCGCGAUGCACGCUCAGCCGCCGCGCUACCGUUUGACCAGGGCGACUUCUACUACCACGCGGCCGUGUUUGGAGGCAGCGUGGCAGCGCUGCGCCGGCUUACUGCGCACUGCGCACAGGCCAUCCGGCAGGACCGCGCGCGCGGGGUCGAGGCGCGUUGGCACGACGAGAGCCACCUCAACAAGUUCUUCUGGCUGCAGAAACCUGCCAAAGUCCUGUCACCUGAGUUCUGCUGGAGCUCGGAAAUCGGCAUGCGGGCCGAAAUUCACCGCCCGCGCCUGCUCUGGGCAACCAAGGAAUACGCCCUGGUGCGCUACUAG